GUUGUGUUACCCACCCUUCUUCAAACCACAGAAUCACUUGUGAUUGUAACAAAAGAAACUUCUUGAACACUGUUUGAUCUUGCUGCAUACAAAGCAUGGCCUCAAGGCCUGGAAUCCUCACAGAUUGGCCAUGGAAGCCUCUUGGAAGCUUUAAGUAUCUGUUGGUAGCUCCUUGGGCCAUUCAUAGCUUCUAUUCUCUGGUGGUGGAGGAAAAGAGUGAAAGAAGGGACAUAAGCACCUUUCUCAUAUUACCUUUUCUGCUUUGGCGUAUGCUUCAUAACCAGAUAUGGAUCUCUCUCUCCCGUUACCGAACUGCUAAAGGCAACACUAGAAUUGUUGACAAGGGGAUUGAGUUUGAUCAAGUUGAUAGAGAAAGAGAUUGGGAUGACCAAAUAUUGUUCAAUGGGUUACUAUACUACUUGGGAUGCUACACAAUACCCGGUGCAACUCAUCUUCCACUGUGGAGAACCGAUGGAGUAGUAAUGACAAUAUUACUUCACAUGGGACCAGUAGAGUUUCUUUAUUAUUGGUUACACAGAGCACUUCAUCACCACUUUCUCUACUCCAGAUACCACUCUCACCACCACUCUUCCAUAGUCACUGAACCUAUAACGUCUGUGAUCCAUCCAUUUGGUGAACACAUAUUAUACUUCCUUCUCUUUGCAAUACCCAAGUUAACUAUAGUCUUCACAAGAACAGCUUCUGUUGGAGCCAUGGUUGCAUAUGUCACUUACAUUGAUUUCAUGAACAAUAUGGGUCAUUGCAACUUUGAGGUGGUCCCCAAGUGGCUCUUUGAUGUCUUUCCUCCACUCAAAUAUCUGAUGUACACCCCAUCGUUUCAUUCUCUACACCAUACUCAGUUUAGAACAAACUACUCCCUGUUUAUGCCACUUUAUGACUACAUCUAUGGCACCACGGACAAGGCUUCAGAUAAAUUACAUGAAUCAUCAUUAAAACGAGAGGAAGAAAUUCCAGAUGUUGUACACUUAACACAUCUCACAACCCCUGAAUCCAUCUAUUAUCUUAGGUUUGGAUUUGCUUACUUGGCCUCAAAACCUUACACGUCAAAAUGGUACCUUUGUUUGAUGUGGCCUAUAACAGCUUGGUCCAUGAUCCUUACAUGGGUCUAUGGUCGUACAUUCAUUGUUGAGGGAAAUCGCUUUGACAAACUUAAGCUGCAAACUUGGGCAAUACCCAAAUUCAGUCUCCAAUACUUCUUGCAAUCUCAAAAAGUGACAAUCAACACAAUGAUAGAGGAAGCAAUACUUGAUGCGGAUAAAAAAAGCAUAAAAGUGUUGAGCUUAGGUCUUAGGAAUCAAGGAGAGGACCUUAACAUCUAUGGAAGCUUAUAUGUUAGUAGGCAUCCAAAGUUAAAAGUUAAGAUUGUAGAUGGUAGUAGCCUUGUGGUUGCUAUUGUUCUAAACAACAUUCCUAAAGGAACAACUCAAGUAUUACUUAGAGGUAAACUCUCUAAGGUUGCUUAUGCUCUUGCCUUCACACUGUGUCAACAAGGUGUUCAGGUUGUGACUUUGCAUGAGAAUGAUUACGUGAGGCUCAAAAAGUCAUUCACUGGCUCAGAAACCAAUUUGGCCUUUACUAAAAGCUACACACAGACGACAUGGUUAGUAGGAGAUGAUUUGACUGAAGAAGAACAACUAAAGGCACCCAAAGGAACAUUAUUUAUUCCAUAUACACAAUUUCCACCAAAGAAAUAUCGCAAGGACUGCUCCUACCAUUGCACUCCAGCAAUGUUAGCUCCAUGCUCCAUUGAAAAUGUCCACUCUUGUGAGGAUUGGUUGCCAAGGAGGGUAAUGAGUGCAUGGCGCAUAGCGGGGAUAGUACAUUGUCUAGAAGGAUGGAGUGCACAUGAGUGUGGUCACACAAUGCAUAAUGUUGACAAAGUUUGGCAUUCAACACUUCAACAUGGGUUCCAACCUCUUUCGGUGCCACUCAAAGAAUUAGCUCAUUAUUAAUGAGUAGCUAUGGGAAUAUUAAUCUGUGUUUGAUUUCUCUUUUCUUUUUCUUUUUUCUUUUUAGCUUUUUGGAGGGUAUUAAUUAAUCCAUCGUAAUUAUGGUCAUAUUUACCUUAAAUAAGUUUUUGAAGUGUUUCACUUAGACAAGCAAAUGAGUAUAUUUCAUCUAAUAUAUAUAUCCAUAUAGCUUCAACA